CUGGUAUAUAUAGAACUUUAGCAACUUCGAUGCCAAGAUGGUCCAUUUGUCUUAUCAUGAUUGGGAGCAUUAAAAUAGUAUGCGGUUAAAGGAAGACCCCUGCAAUGGGCCAGCCACACCAAUUAUAAUAAAGGCCGAUGUUGAUCUUUCAGUGAAGGCCCAUCAAACUAACGCUGCUGUUUCUAAGGCGGACGCCAAGUCUACUAAGGCAGAAUCAGUUAGAACUGUGAAAGCUGGAAGCAGAUGUGAAGAUAAGCGGAAAAUUCAACAGGUGUUAUUACAAGUGGACGGAGAUGUUGAUGCUGCAAUAGAGGUUAUCAUAACAGGUCAAGGAACUGGAGAAUCAUUGGUUGAAAACGAUGGAGUUGCUUAUUCAGUGGACGACAAUUCUCAUGGAAAAGUGCAGACAUCAAAAUAGUGGAAAAAGAGGACCUUGAUCUUGUAAGUCAUUAUAUAAUGAUUCAUCUUAACUAAAAGGUAUUUAUCUACUUUUAACUUUAUAAUUUGAGUGUUGAAUAGGUGAGUUGUUUUAGCUUAUAUGAUGUUGCCUUCACUGAUGGACUACAGGCUG